CCGAUCACCAGAAAAUACAUGCCCAUGGCGCCCCAUGAUGUUCCGGAGAUGGCGCCUGUGUUCCAUCCCACAGUAUGGGGUGAUUUCUUUAUCAACUACAAUCCAGAACCGUUACAGGGGUCAGAGCAAUGGAUGACUGAAAGGGUAAAUCUACUGAAGGAGAAAGUAAUUGGGUUGUUUGGGGCUUGCAACACUAUAACUGAGAAACUGAACCUUGUGGACACGCUCCAACAUCUAAGUAUAGAUCAUCAUUUUCAUGAACAAAUUGUCUCCACAUUAACAAGUACCCAUGCUGCUGAAUUCAAUAGCGCUAGCCUUCAUGAUGUCGCUCUUCGAUUCCGGCUACUGAGGCAGCAAGGGUUUUGGGUAUCUACAGAUGUAUUCAGCAAGUUCAAAGAUGAAGAUGGGGCCUUCCUUGUUGACAUAACUAAUGACACAAGGGGACUAUUAAGUUUAUACAAUGCAGCAUACCUUUUUACUCAUGGGGAGACGGAGCUUGAAGAAAGUAUCUUGUUUGCAAGACAACACCUUGAAUCGAUGGAGAGUUACCUUAAGUACCCAUUGGCUGACCAAGUCAGGCGUUCUCUUCACUUGCCACUGACAAGGACGUUGAAAAGAGUAGAGGCGUUGGACUAUAUGUCAGAGUACAAAGAAGAGCCCAUGCACAAUUCCUCCAUUCUGGAGUUUGCCAAACUGGAUUUUAACCUGCUACAACGUCUCCACUCGAAGGAGCUCAAGGCUCUUUCUAGAUGGUGGAAAAAUCUUUAUAGAGAAGUUGGGUUAACCUACUCGAGGGAUCGUGUGGUUGAGUGCUACUUAUGGUCAUAUACGGCAUACUAUGAGCAAGAGUAUACACGUGCAAGGAUGAUCCUUGCGAAGAUAAUCGCAAUAAUAAUCAUGACAGAUGACACUUAUGAUGUCCGUGCUACUUUGAUGGAGUGUAAACAACUCAAUGAAGCAAUACAAAGAUGGGAGGAGAGUGCUGCUUCUCUUCUACCAGAGUACCUAAAGAAAUUCUACCUCAAGCUGCUCAGCACAUUUAAUGAGUUUGAGGAUGAGCUGAAACCAGAUGAGAAGUACCGUGUCUCUUUCAGUACAAAAGCGUUUCAAAUAUUAUCAAGUAAUUAUCUCCAAGAAGCUGAAUGGUUUCACCAGAAUUACAAGCCAAGAUUUAAAGAGCAAGUGAAGGUAUCUAGUGUCUGUUCAGGUGCACCAUGGGUAUGUGUUGGAUUGCAAGUUGGUAUGGGUGAUACUGCAACCAAGGAGGCACUUCAAUGGGCACUUGGCUGCACGGAUGCUGUCAAGGCUUGUGCACAGGUGACACGCUUCAUGAAUGACCUUGCUUCAUUUAAGCGUGGGAAGAACAAAAAUGAUGUUGCCAGCUCCGUGGAAUGUUACAUCAGUGAGCAUGGCGUGGCAAGUGAAGUUGCCUUUGCCAAGAUAGGCUCUCUGAUCGAAGAUGCAUGGAAAACUACAAAUCAAGCACGCUUUCAGCUCCCUGAGCUGCUUCCAGUGGUACAGCGAGUCGCGAAUAUAACGAUCAGCAUGCCGUUCAUGUAUGACGACAAGAAGGAUGCUUUUACCUUCAGCAGCGCCAUCGAAGGAACGAUUAAGCGCCUGUUUGUCAAUCAUAUUCCCCUAUAGACCAGUGACACUGUGGUACAUGUCUGUUGAUGGUAUCUGGUCACGUUCUCAGGCAAAAGAACCCUCUACCUCAUGUUAAUAAAAGUUGUGUCGGGAUACAUCCAAUCUACUGUAACUUGGAUUUACAGCUUGACUAGUAAAUUUGGCAAGUGUGGUGCACAUUUUGCGAGUAUAUACAUUGCACAGAAUAUGUAUUGUUCUUUUUUGUGAGUACAAAAUAUGUAUUGUUGAGAUACAAAGCAUGUUGUCUCUAACUCUCUAUUGGUCAUUCACGUGUCACAUUUGCAGAUCAAAUAAAUUGGGCAUGCAUAGAACAUAUAAUUAAUUAUCUGUUAUCACGCUACAUCACAUUAUACAUAGCAUGCUGCAUGCUUUUAUAGUUGUAUUCCUAUGUUCAGUGUAUUACAGUUAUACACCUAUGUUAAAAACACCCAGAGUACUGGGGUGUGGGGACGAGGCAAAAUUUCUUAGAUCAUCGAAACACACUUCUGUUCAUCUCUAUGCAAUGAAGAAUGAAAAGCA